UAUGCCAGCACAGACGGUGGGGGAAGUUAUCGUGAUCACAUGGUCGCGAUGUGUAUUACGCAAGAAUCUGACCGUGCUCCGACUUCCCAUCUGUUCAUCCUCGCCACCACCUGGUGCUAUGCAGUGUGGACUUAUAGGAUCAAGAUACAGGAUGAACUCUCUUCUAAUCCCAUAUCUGCCUCAUAAUAUUCCCAGGUGGCUCAUUCUAACUCUGAGACGGUCGUUAACGGGUCCCCCAGCAGGCUUGAACGCACACAAGGUUUUUACAUUACGGCCGAAGGAAAUGACGUCGAAGGGCCAGCUGCUGCAAGAUAUAUCCGGAGUGCGAUAUCCUACUUUUCGACCGCAGUUGCACGACAGGAUGAUUGGGAAUAUCUUCACCUCGUACGAGAACAUACCGAGCAGUGCCAACCCGUUUCCGCCCGACACCAGGGGAGUGCUCUACUACCAUCUGCCGCGGCCCAAGGAGCCCAUUCUCAGCGGCCAGCUGCGCUUUCGCCUCUGUCAAGACCCAGCUGCCUUCCAGGAGGGUUCCGACCUGCUAGCCGCCAACAGAGGCGAACCGUGGGGCGUGUCUCUCUACUAUCUCGUCAAACUCCAGCGGAUGAAGCCCCUGCUUAAUCUCAUCCUGGAAGAAGGUCUCGUGGAGCGGCGGGUUGUGGACAAAAUUGAGAAGUUGCCCACCGUGCGCAGCGACUACCGCCAGCUGUACAGCAUCAACUGGCCAUUCGUGGCCGAUUUGUCGUCGAACAAAAUUCAUCUCGGGCUCAUCAAUCUCUCAAUGUUCGAGCAUAUCACCUUGGACCGCGUAUUCAAGUCGGGGAAAGACGUCAGCCCGUAUGCAGGUUCUGCGAAGGUGCGCUUCGAACUCUCAACGCUACCUGAGCACGAGGGGACCCCGGUCCUCGUUCUGCGGUUCUUGGAGCUGCUUGAACCCGUCCGACACCUCGUCCCAAACGCUGAGCAACUGGUACCUGUCCCUGCGGCGGGAUCUCUCUUCUACAAGAGCUACCACAGGGGUUCACGCAAAGGCUUACCGAAGCCGUGGGCAUAUCGUCUCAACAACCAGCCGUUGGGAGAUGUCAUCAAGCCUUUCAUUGAGUCGUGCAAGAGGGAAUUCGGGGGCUG